AUGGAUGCAGCAAGAAAUUAUGGCAGGAAGAAGGAGCCGAUUUUAGCAAUUGCCCAAUUGAAUUGCUCUCUGGGCCCAAUCAUGCACCAUCAAGAACCAGGGAAUCUAAUAGGUUUAAACAUGCGUGUCGGGCAAGUUCCUCUGCCAUAUAAUGUUUACUGGGGUGAAAAGAAGUGA